UGAUUGUUUAGACUCUAAAUCACAGUUUCUUUUGUGGAUUCAACCAUUCCACGGUAUCGAUUCUUUCAGUGUUUUGUUUUCAUCAUCUGGAUUUCUGUGUUGUCAUCGGAAGGUUGACGAAUAGUGAUUUACUUGACUAAGUUUGAUAAGACACGUUAUUCGAAUUCUUUGUUGGCGCGUGAUGAGAAAAGUUUGGUUGAAAUUUGAUUCGUUUUGGUACGCAUCCACGAUUUGCGUUCUAUCUCGAAUAUGUAGUUUGAAAAUGGCUCCUUAUGAUGAUCGUCGGCAUGGAAUUACCCGUCUCUACGUGGGCCAAUUGUCGUCUACAACUCGCACUCGAGACCUAGAACGUCUCUUUAGCCGAUACGGAAGAGUGCAAGAUGUGGAUAUGAAGCGCAACUAUGCUUUUGUUGAAUUUAGUGAUCCCCGUGAUGCCGAUGACGCAAGAUAUCACUUGGAUCGACGGGAAUAUGAUGGAAGUCGUCUCGUCGUGAAAUUUUCAAGAGGGGCACCUCGUAGUUCCCGAGAAUACGGUGGUGGCAGUGGCAGAGGUCCACCUGCGGGAUCUGGUCGCUGUUUCAAUUGCGGUGUUGAUGGUCACUGGGCUCGUGACUGCAGAGCUGGGGACUGGAAGGACAAAUGUUACCGCUGUGGGGAAAAGGGACAUAUUGAGAGAAACUGUAGGAAGAGUCCCAAGAAGCUCAGGCGUGGUGGAAGUUAUUCGAGGUCACCGGUGAGAUCCCGCUCCCCUCGUCGCAGAAGCCUUAGCCAGAGCCGGAGCCACAACCGCCGCCAGAGCUGCAGUGGGUCAAGAUCCCCUGAUGCGGCGAGAUCGAGCAGUCCAGCAAAGCCGAGGGAGGAGGAUAAGCCGUCGCCGAGAGGAGGUAGGGAUGGGAGUCCAUCCCCACACGAGGAACGUAGCCCGGGGAGGGAUAGAGACAGCAGCCCUCGGGAUUCUCCAAAACACCAAAAGCGAGAGGGUAGUCCCACAGAGAAUGGCGAGAGCUCUGUUAUCAGCCCUCGUCUUGGAGGCGGCGAAAGCCCGAGGGAUGAUAACUUCCAAGAUAACGGUCGUUAUGGUUUACGGCUCUCCUUUCUCAGAGCAAGACUGCUUUUUUCUUAACUGUCUGAACAUACGUUAGUUUUUGUCAGAGAGUGCGUUUUCAGCUGAAGCUCUUGUCA